AUGGCUGGAAAGUUUGAACCCAAGGUUCCUGUGAACCUCGACCCCCCAAAGGACGACAUCAUCUCUCGAGAAGAGCUCGCUAAAGCCAACGGUGCGGAUGGAAACAAGUGCUACGUAGCCAUCAAGGGCAAGGUUUACGACGUUACCGGAAACAAGGCUUAUCUUCCUGGAGCUUCCUACAAUGUGUUUGCCGGUAAGGAUGCCUCGAGAGCUCUCGGCAAGACCUCGACCAAGCCAGAGGAUGCACGGCCAGAGUGGCAGGAUUUGGAUGAGAAGGAAAAAGGCGUAUUGAAUGACUGGAUCACUUUCUUUUCAAAGCGGUACAACGUCGUUGGUGUUGUUGAAGGUGCCACGAACAUGGACUGA